AACUUCAAAAACAAAUUCAAUACCAGUUGUCAAUUUAAAAUGAGAAGACAUGUGUCGUCUACAAAAUUAUUCUAAUUUAAGUAUUUUAUAAAGCCAGUUUUUAAAAUUUUAAAAUGCGUAUGUAAAAAACAGAAAAUAAGAAAUUUCUUACAGAGACUUCAAAUUUCUGAGCGAAAAAAUGUCUCGUAAAAAUAAAUCUGCGAGGACGGAAAUAAUUUCUCUAAAAAAGCCAACUGCUUUAGAUAAAGUAAUAGAGAGAGUACCAAAACCAAAAGGAGCAGUUCCAAAUUUCGGAUUGCCAAAAUGGAAAACAAUACCCCUGGUGUCAAAAAUUCCCAUGGUUCCUGCACCCAAAGGUACGUACGAUUUCAGUCGACAAAAGUUAGGAAAAAAAUUGUGGAUUGUAUCAUCGGAUGCAGAAUUUAAUUUGAACGAUCCAUGCAAUUAUGAAAUGGAACUUCCAUACGAAGGAUUUCAUGACAAAUAUCUCACGGAAUUUUAUAAGAGACCGAUUAAUAUUCAACGAAUGAUAAAGCUAGGUUUUGUGACUAAAAAUUUGGAUGCUAAGUGUUCUUUAAAGGAUUAUAAUAUGUACAGAAAGUAUUUGAAGAAAUUGCAUAAUGAUAGUGUGAAAAAGGAAUUACGAAGAGAAGACGAGUUAUUUAUUGAGAGGAAGGUAAUCAAGUAUGCAGAAGACAAAGAAAAAAGAGAUAUGGACAGGUUAAGAAAAAUGGGAACGGCUGAAAAUGCUAAGGAAAAGGCGGAAAAAAGAAAUAAAAUUCGGGAAAGAAGAUUAAAAUCCAAUAUACGAAAGCUUAUAGACAGAAUGAAACAAAUUGAGGAAACGAAAAAGGAGGAUAUCCGUAAUCGAAUAGAAAAAAAUAAAGAAAAGAUGGACAAAAUGAGGCAAGUUCGUAACAUGGCUGCGAAAUUAGAACGUAGGAAAUUGGUGAAGAUGAUAACUGAAUGGAAACGAAAGGAAAGUGAGCGUAAGAAAACAAGAAAAAUUCGUUUAAACAAAGAAGAGCAAAAAAGAAAAAAAAUUCUUCAUGACAGGUGGCAAAAGAAGCAGCAGCUUCAAAUUAAAGAAUUGGAGAAAGAAGGAUUUUUAAAACAUUGUAUAGAACAAGAAAGGCAAAUAUUUAUUCAAGAAUAUAAUGAGAAAAUAGAAAAGGAAAGACUAAGAAUGCAAAAUCUUCUUGAAAAAUCAAAAAAGUUUGUAAAAUGUUACGCAGCCAAAUCUGUUUCAGGAAAAAUAAGACAAACUUCUUGCAAAAUCCUGAAACUUUGUCCAGAGACAAUGAAAAGCCCCAUUUCUGGAUCAAAAAACUCAGCAACAAUCCAAACCAAAAUUUCAAAUGAAAGAUCAGAAGAUCAUGAAAGGACAAAUACAGGUGAGAAAAAACGAGGAAAAAAAUUGAAAAUGUGUGACAAGGAAAUGAAAACGAAGAAGUGAAAUAAUAAAUCAGAGGAGAAGAAAACCAUUCCAACACCAGAAAAUAAUGAAAGUGUAGAAUAGU